ACCGCCUGCCCACGGGCACGCAGGAAAUGGCAGCACCCGCCCGGCCCCCCCGCAUCCGCAUCCUCCUUCUCCUCCUCCCCCGGCGAGGGCGGGCGGGCGCCGGGGAGCGCGGCGAGGUGUGUCCCAGGUGCCCGGGCUAUAUGAGGCGGCUCGGCGGGGCGGCGCGGCGGCCCCAUGGCGGCGCCGGCCAUGGCCGAGCCGCGCUCCAAGCGGCCCCGCGUCACCCUGCCCGCCUGCCCCGCGCACCGCCCGCUGCCCGCCAGCCGCGUCCGCCACGGCUUCCCCGCCGCCGUGGAGGAGGCGCUCUGCGGCGUCACCGGCGCCCAGCUGGAGCUCCACUACUGCCUGCAGGCGCUGGGUGAAUAUUUUGAUCAGUCGCAUGUGGCUCUACCAAAUAUUUCAAAGUUCUUCUUGCGUCAAGCUCUGGAAGAGAGAAAAGCCGCAGAGGCAUUGAUGAAGUAUCAGCAAGAAAGAGGAGGUCACUACUGUUCUAAAACCAUCCAGAAACCAAACUGUGAUUAUGCAGUCGGUCUGAUGAAAGCCCUGGAAUUAGCAAUGGUACAGUGGAAAACUAUGCUACGGUAUUUUGAAGAGCUUUAUGCCCUGAGUGUUGAAAAUGCAGACCCUCAUAGUGCAAGCACUAUGAAGAAGCAAUUUAUUGCGCCCAAAAUCCGGAAGAUCAAGCUAAUGGGAGAUCUACUCACCAAUGCUCGCAGGCUUGACUGUUCCCAAGAUGGCAGAAAUAGUCUUGGGGAUUACUUCAUGGACCGGUUGCAGAAAGAGUUCAGAACAAGCAUAGAGCCAGAGUCUAGUGAUCACUGCAGCCCCUGCCCACCUCUGCAGCAGUGCACAGGAGCUGCAGAAGGUCUGAAGCGACCCCAGAGAGAAUCUUCCCAGCACAGAAAUGGCAUAGGGCCAAUAUAUGCAACUGUACACUGCACUACAAUGCUGCCACAGUGUAACAAUGGGACAGGAGCAAAAGUGAAGCAGGGCAGGGAGGGCCUUUAACGCUGUGGCUGCUACCGGGCAGCUCCUAAGGCAAACCUUUCCAGAGGGUGGAGCUGGGACCAGAACUCAGGAGACAUGAUCCUGUAUCACUCCUGUCUUACACCCUGCCCCCUCAUCCUCUGUUGAGUCAAAAUCUUGCCUAUACCAUUAUUUUGUUUAAAUGAUAGCAAGGUUGCCAGCUACCUAGAUUGUCAGCAGUAGUCACACUUAAUCUAUGCAAUUCUUCCUAGAAGCCAAAAGCUUUUAAGCUUCUUUUCUGUUUUAAAUGAUUAACAGGAUUAUUUAGUGCAAAUUUUUAACAGUAUAUAUAAUUUUUAUUAAAAAAAAAAAAAAAAAGGAAACCACUGCAGCUUUAGUACAAGGAAACUUUUAUGUGGCAGGAAAUCCAAAUAUUUAGUUUUAUAUUCCUGAAUAUUUUAUAUUCCUGAAUAUAUAUAUAUUAGAUAUUUUACAUUACUAACAAGUAUACUAGCAUAAUGAACUUGUUUUUAAAAAGACUUGGUUUAAAACAAAUUUUUCUUAUUUCUAUCAUAGUAGCAAUUUAAAUAAGUAGUCAAAAUAAUUUACGUAUCAGGAUGAAUAAUUUACUUCUUCAGGAUGAAGGAUGCAAACAUUUCCUCAACACUGAGAAUAAGAAAACAUGCUGGUUUUCUCUACAGUUAUGUGCCUAGUUGGCUUUUCUCGUUGUCAGAAAACAGAUGAGAGAGAAAUUAGGAGUUUUUAUUAGCUGAGAUCUUUACAGGUUCUACUGGAUAUUUUGCAAGUGUCACUGAAGACACUAGCUCUAGGGCUCUGUCCAGACUUGACCUAGGAUGGUUGCUUUAGUUUUCAUACAGACCCCUAUUUCAGCUAGUUCAAUUAUGGUAUUACUAUGGUACUCCUGCUAUUUCUUGUAUUCCCUAUUUGGUCCCAAGUAGAGGCAUAAGAUCCUAGCGAAAAAGCAGCACACUUAACUAGUAUUGCAUCAGAGAGAGUGGCCACUCAUUAGUUUUGCCUUUCAGUUGGGACAGUAUUAGCCAGUUUGGUUAAAGUUCAGAAGUUCAGAGGUGUCCAAAUUCUUUUCCUUCGUCUCCUGCAGGAGUGCCUUGCUUUUUGUACCCUGACUCCCAAGGUCACUUAAGAAGAGCAACUGGCUAGAUCAGCUGCCUGCAGCUAGGUUGUUUUUUUUUGUCACUAUACACAACAUCUUUUUUGCAAUUGGGGUUUGAUUCAUUGAAAGAUUGUCUCACAUCAUGUAAUACUGUAAGUGAUACUCCUAUUCUUGAAAAUAAAUUCAGUUCAAUGUUA